GAACAGGGCUGGAGCAAGGGCAGCGGGAGAAGCAGGGGCGGGAGGAGCAGCCGGCGGUGUUGUUGUUGGGGGAUGCGGAGGAGCUGGUUGCGAGAUGUCCGCCGGUGCUGGCGGUGGAGGGGCGGCUCAUGCGGCUGAGUGUGCAGGGCGUGUCCUCCCUCACGGGUGUGGGUGUGCGGCCGCUGUUGGAGCUGCUGUCGCGCAGCCUGGGGCUCAUCACAGUGCCCACGCAGCUGCUGGUGACAGCGCUUGAGGGUCUGUCCGCCGACCUGCGCUGCCACCCGGAGGAUGUGGUGCAGCUGCUGAGCAGGCAGCCCACGCUGCUGUGCGCGCAGUACGGCACCAUCCAAGCCGCGUUGGAAACAUUGGAGGCGGGUCUGGGCAUCGACCGCCCCGCCGCACUCGCCGUACUGGCGGCGCAGCCCUCGCUAAUGUACGACACGACCGCCGACACACUCGCCUCGCGAAUCGAGUCGCUCGCGUCGACGUUCGGCCUCAAUGACG